ACAUACAUGCUUGUGUAUGUAUAUAUAUAGAUAUAUAACCAUCACAAAUAUUUUGAUAAAUCUCUUUUUUUGUACUGUAUAGUGAAGAGUGAAAUCAAAAAAGUUUUUGUUUUCUCUCUCUAGUUUCUCUCUCUAAAAAGCUUUCUACUUGGCAUUUUUCAAAAACUAUGCCGUGAUCACACUGUUGCUGGGUUAAAAACCCUAAUUGAGUCCCCAAUUAGGGUUUUUGAAAGCCAAAAGCAGCACAUUUAUGUCCAUGGCAGUGGCCAUUGAAGACUAGAUUAGCAUUUUCACAAAUUUGUUUCUAUUUUUGAUGUAAUAUAUACUAUGAGAUUGUUGGUGUUGAGAGUGAGUUGUGAGUGUUUGUGCAAUGGGUGUGGCAAAAGCUUGGAGGCUUAGCGGUGGUAUGUUGAGUAAUUUGGCAGUGGUGAAUCAGCAGAAGAAGCAGCAUUUCUGGUGGAGAUUGAGGGUGUCUUGGUCAGUGGUGUGUGGGUUUAUGCUAUUUGGGUUGGGUUUGAUUUCUCUCUUCACUGGGCACGUGGCUUCUGAUCUGGAGUGGUAUUCGCAUAGGCUGGUGAAGAGGAAAUUGUACUAUAAACUGGCUGGGGGCAGUCGUGCACCAAUUGAUAUUUGGAAAUCAAAAUUUUCAAAAUUUUACUAUGAAUGCAAUGAAAGAGGGCCUCAUUUUGCUCCUGUGAUACGUGAGCAAUUUUCAAAUGGCUAUUUACUUAUUGCAACAAGUGGAGGGCUGAACCAACAAAGAACAGGAAUUACUGAUGCUGUAGUUGUUGCACGGAUUCUCAAUGCCACUUUAGUUGUUCCUCAAUUGGAUCAUCAUUCAUUCUGGAAGGACGAUAGUGACUUUCCCAACAUUUUCGAUGUUAAUUGGUUCAUCUCAACCCUUACAAAGGAUGUAACCAUUGUUAAAAGAGUCCCAGAUAAAGUCAUGAGAUCCAUGGAAAAGCCACCAUAUUCUAUGCGCGUCCCAAGGAAAUCAGAACCUGAAUAUUAUCUAGAUCAAGUACUGCCAAUACUCCUCAGGAGGCGUGUUGUGCAGUUGACAAAAUUUGAUUACAGACUUGCUAAUAACCUCGAUGAAGAGCUGCAGAAGUUGCGUUGCCGGGUCAAUUAUCAUGCUUUAAGGUUUACAAAACCUAUUAGGGAUCUUGGUCAAAAGCUUGUGUCAAGAAUGCGGAAGAUGACGAAUCGUUUCAUCGCAAUUCACUUGAGGUUUGAACCUGAUAUGCUAGCAUUUUCUGGAUGUUACUAUGGUGGGGGUGAUAAAGAGAGAUACGAGCUUGGUGAAAUAAGGAAACGAUGGACAACAUUACCUGAUUUAAGCCCUGAUGGAGAGAGAAAGCGUGGGAAGUGCCCAUUUACUCCUCAUGAAGUAGGUCUGAUGCUCCGGGCUCUGGGUUUUAGUAAUGACACGUACCUUUAUGUUGCAUCUGGUGAAAUAUAUGGUGGAGAAGAGACUCUACGGCCUCUCCGAGAGCUCUUUCCAAACUUCUACACAAAGGAGAUGCUUGCCGGUGAAGAACUAAAACCUUUUCUUCCGUUCUCUUCUCGUCUAGCUGCAAUCGACUACAUGGUGUGUGAUGAGAGUGACGUCUUUGUCACUAAUAACAAUGGAAACAUGGCCAAGAUUCUAGCAGGUCGAAGGAGGUACAUGGGUCAUAAGAGGACCAUCAGACCAAAUGCAAAAAAGCUUAGUUCUUUGUUCAUGGCACGAGACAAAAUGGAUUGGGAUACAUUUGCUAGAAAGGUCAAGUCAUGCCAGAGAGGGUUCAUGGGAGAACCAGAGGAAGUGAGACCUGGACGAGACGAGUUCAUUGAGUAUCCAUCCUCUUGCAUCUGCCAGAAACCGUUCAAAUACUCAAAUGAUAGUGACGGAAAUCAGACCUCAAAAGAAGGGGCAAUUGUCUCUGAAACAAAUUUUGCACGUAGGUCAUACAACGGGGAUGAUCAAGGGGUGAAGAGCUUGCAGAAACCGAACAAGACAAUCAUCAUGAGAAAAGGACCGGUAUCUUUAGCAGGAGACAACUGUCAAUGAAGAUUUUAUACCAGGCUAGACAUAAAGCAGCCCAAAAUGGUGUAUGACCCAAUUGUCUUCAUCUAUCGGAGCUAACAUGGCGCUGACGCUGAAUCAUCCACUUCUCUCGGGUGGUAUCUGGUUUGUAUGUUUGUUAACCCAAAAUUUGCACAGCCAACGGGAUGCUGCCACAUGUAAUACCUAAAUUUGAAUACCAGGAAAUAGACUUUGUACAGGAAUCAAUCUGUUGGGACGUUGUGAUGAGUUUUGCAAGUGUUCAUAAAUGUAUUUUUGUGAGGUUUUACAUAGUGGGCAUGUAUUGCCCACUGCUUCUUAACAAGAUUUCAGCUUAUUUUGUUUCCUGUCUUCUUUAUUUCAGAAAAAUUACACUUUGUACCAAAUCUCACUUUGGUCUCGACACACGAAAUCAUGAUAAUCAACCUCUUAUACUUUUGGUCAAA